UCCUGUGGCUGCUUCCGGUUCUGUGGUGCUGGGUGCGCCCGCAGAUUUGAUAGUGGAGAUGGAAGGGAAGAAUCAGACUGUGCUGCUGAAUGACAAUGUCACCAUCCCCUGCAAGGUCCCUGGUUCCACACCCCUGAACAUCAAGGGUAUGGGUGUUAUCUGGUAUCGGAAGCAUCAGGCAGAUGAAACAGAGCACAAGGUGUUUGAAAUGUAUGGAAACCAUCAAAAGGCAUUCAGACCCGGAGCCAGCGUGUCUCCAGCGGGGCUAGAGAAGGGGGACGCCUCACUGCACCUUUCUGGAGUCCAGCUGAGGGACGCAGGAGAGUACCGAUGUGAGGUGGUGGUCACCCCCGAGAAGGCCCAGGGAACAGUCGUUCUAAAGGUUUUGGCUUUCGCAAAGUGCACCUUGUUUCGAGAACAAGCCACGGCGAAAGAUGAUGGUGACAAAUAUAUUUUGUGUAAGGCAAGUGGGUUCUACCCAAAGGACAUUAACAUAACCUGGCAUAUAUGGACACAGGAGAAUCCCCAGGGCCAGAAGAUUUCUGAAGGCAUCACCAAUGGUCCAGCCAUCAAGAAUGAGGACGGCACAUUUAAUAAAACCAGCCAUUUGAGGUUGGAACACAAUGUGGUCACCUGCCAAUGUGUGAUAAGACACAUAUCCUUGCCCACCUCCUGCAAGUCGAACUUUUUCCCGUCUCGGAUAGGAUCUGAGAUGGGAAAUACCUGGGGGACUACCGAUACUUGUAUUACUGUUGGCUUUAUUGGAGCAGGCAUUUUAAUGGGACUGAUUGUAUGUUGGAUAAGGAAGAAAAAAUUGGUUUCGUUAUUCGUUGGGGCGAUCCGUGCACUUAGCUCCUGGACUGCAGGUCUCCUUGGGCAGCAGGAGCAGCGCUACGGACUGAGAAGUGGUGUAAAACUUCUGCAUGGAGUGAAAGAAAAUGGCCCGAACCUAACAGACAGCUUGCAAAUCACGGUUGGGAAAGCGCCUGCAAACAGCUGACCACUAAGCUGCCCGGAAAAGCGCCCCCUUUACCAGUGGGGUGAAGAAGCCCCAUCACUACAGGCCCUGGACCAUUGCACUUGGAGAAAUCCCUCAGAUACCAGAAAGCUACCGGGCUUCUGAUCCGGAAGCUGCCUUUCCAGAGACAUUAGAUCAGCAACAGUUUUUCACAGAGGAAGAACUGAAAGAAUAUGAAAAUCUUAUCUCCUUACAA